UGGCCGUACUGUUACAGACUCUAGAAGCGCACCUGUGCUCUCUGUUCAGUGCAGUGGCUUAUACAGGCAUCUGAGAGCGCGCGCGUGAGACAGAAGAGGGAUCGCGCGCAGAAAGAGAGCACCUGUGCGACGUCACUCCGCCCUACUUUUACUCAGAACUCCACGAGCGAUUUGUACUUCCUCAAACGACUCAAUCACCGAAGAAAGCAGGCGCUUCAGAGAAAAGUCCGUUUCUUCCGGAGGAAAGGCUGUGCCUGAGGGGUUGCCAUGGCCCCUUUCCUGAGAAUUACUUUUAAUGCCUAUGAUCUUGGCACAUUCUCGCCAAUGACUGAGGCACCAUUCUGUGCCGUCAAAAUGAAGGAAGCUCUCAGCACUGAGCGAGGAAAAACACUGAUCCAGAAGAAGCCCACCAUGUAUCCCGCUUGGCGAUCCAGUUUUGAUGCACAUAUUUAUGAGGGACGUGUCAUACAAAUACUACUCAUGAGAACCGCAGAGGAACCUUUAGCAGAAGUUACUGUGGGUGUGUCCGUUUUGGCUGAAAGAUGCAAGAAGGCAAACGGACGUGCUGAAUUUUGGGUUGAUUUGCAGCCUUCAGGGAAAGUUAUGAUGUCUGUACAGUUCUUUUUGGAGGAUUUAGAUGCAGAGUUUCAUCAUUCAGUAGUAACAGAAGAGGAGGCACCGACUCUCAAUCGUCGUCGUGGAGCUAUUAAACAGGCUAAGAUUCACUUCAUCAAAAACCAUGAGUUCAUCGCCACCUUCUUCAGACAGCCCACUUUCUGCUCUGUCUGCAGAGAUUUUGUUUGGGGUCUCAACAAGCAAGGUUACAAGUGUAGACAAUGCAAUGCAGCCAUCCACAAGAAGUGUAUUGAUAAAAUUAUUGGAAGGUGCACGGGCACUGCAACCAAUAGUCGAGACACCAUGUUUCAGAAGGAGCGUUUUAAGAUUGACAUGCCACAUCGCUUUAAGACCUACAACUACAUGAGUCCCACCUUUUGUGACCAUUGCGGCAGUCUGCUGUGGGGUCUUGUCAAACAAGGCCUCAAAUGCGAGGACUGUUCCAUGAAUGUCCAUCACAAGUGCCAGACUAAAGUGGCCAAUUUGUGUGGCAUCAACCAGAAACUACUGGCAGAGGCUCUUACUCAAGUCUCAAGUAAAUCCACCAAGCGACCUGAGAGCAACUCGCAGAGCAACACGCAGGAUGUUGCUGUUUACCAGGAUUUUAACAAAAGUCCAGGAACUGAUGUUAAUGAUGGGGCUCCUUAUGGUCGUCUAUGGGAGGGUUUGAGUCCUCGCCCCCCCUCUCGAAUCACCCACCAAACACGUGUCACUGCUGAGCAUUUCAUUUUCCAUAAAGUCCUGGGCAAGGGAAGCUUUGGCAAGGUGCUUUUGGCCGAGCUCAAGGGCGCUGGUGAAUGGUUUGCGGUGAAGGCACUGAAGAAAGAUGUUGUGUUGAUGGAUGAUGAUGUGGAGUGCACCAUGGUAGAAAAACGAGUGCUGGCUCUAGCCUGGGACAAUCCGUUUCUUACACACCUCUACUCCACUUUUCAGACCAAGGAGCAUUUAUUCUUUGUGAUGGAGUAUCUGAAUGGAGGAGAUCUGAUGUUUCACAUACAGGAAAAGGGGCGUUUUGAUCUGUACAGAGCCACGUUCUAUGCAGCUGAAAUAGUGUGUGGCCUGCAGUUUCUCCAUUCCAAAGGCAUUAUUUACAGGGAUCUCAAGCUGGAUAAUGUGAUGUUAGAUGGAGACGGUCACAUAAAAAUAGCUGACUUUGGAAUGUGUAAGGAGAACGUGUUUGGGGACAAUCGGGCCACAACCUUCUGUGGAACUCCAGAUUAUAUCGCUCCUGAGAUUCUCCUGGGUCAGCAGUACUCAUUCUCAGUAGACUGGUGGUCGUUUGGCGUGCUCAUUUACGAGAUGUUGAUUGGUCAAUCUCCAUUCCAUGGUGACGACGAGGACGAGCUGUUUGAAUCGAUCCGAAUGGACACACCUCAUUAUCCCCGCUGGAUCACAGUGGAUACUAGAGACAUGCUAGAAAGGCUGUUUGAGCGCAACCCUUCACAGCGUUUAGGGAUUGUGGGUAAUAUUCGAGGCCACCAAUUUUUCAAGACUGUCAACUGGCCUGCUCUAGAAAGGAAAGAAGUUGACCCUCCCUUUAAACCAAAAGUGAAAGCUCCAAAUGACUGCAGUAACUUCGACCGGGAGUUUUUGAGUGAGAAACCCCGUCUCUCACACUGCGAGAAAGGCCUGAUCGAUUCCAUGGACCAGAGCGCUUUCGCUGGCUUCUCAUUCAUUAAUCCAAGAAUGGAGCAUCUUUUACAAAAGUGACAUAUUUAUAAUGUGGUCAAAAAGAAAAAAAACUGUUCUGUUCAUUUGAUCAUAGUAUUGAGCUAGUUUAUUGCUCUAACCAAACCAACCAUGAGCGCUCUCCCAAAUCUGAACUCUUACCUUAUAAGACAAGACAGGCUGUCAGUGAGCUUCUAAUGAAGCCCUUUAUAACCUAAUAUACAUUUCAAACCUCCUCAUAGUGCAUCAGUGAGAUUGCAGUCUUGUUGCAUUUUAGGGUGCCCCAAUCUCAAUGCAAUUUUUAACUUGUCCUUGCAAAGUUAGGAUGUCUAAAAAUAACUGGGUUAGUACAAAGUUGACAGUUGAAGUCGGGGAGUGUGCUGUUAGUUCAGUUUGGGAAAAGAGCAAUUUAAAGAAGUGUACAAAAACAAAAUAGGUCAGAGAUUAUAGACAAGUAUUGUUUAAAUCAAUGUGUGCAUGCUACAGUCAUGGAUUAUGUUGUACAUUUCUGCAGUGAUCUAUGUCUGUUCCAAGUGUGUGUGUAUUGUUUGCACAAAGGAUUGACCAGAACUUGUUGAAUGUGUGCUUUGUAAGUGUUAAAUGCAUAUAUUGUGUUUUAAUUAGAAAAUGUGUAUAUCUGGUACAGAAACAUAGCUAUCUUAGCUCUGAGAGUGUCAUCUGUUUGUGUAUUUUAGUGUGUAUAUUGUUGCAUUUAAGGUGUUUUUAUAAGAUGCACUUAUUAAGAGACCACAUGAUCAAAUUCCGUACAUGACUCUGUUUUAGGAUGAGAAACUGAACAGGGUCCAAUAAACAUUUGUUGGUGAAUAAA